AACAAAAAAUUUGAAAAAAGAAAUAAAAGGACGACGGAGGAUACGUCGAAGAUCUCAGACGUCUGCCGGCGAUUUGACGCAAUGGAGUAGGGAUCGACCAGAUCAGACGUCUGAUUUGCUUCCCCAGUCUCAUUCAAAGGCCAUGAAUCCUUCUCUCCUUCCCGAAAUAGGGCCCGAUGGCCUCGCCAGAGAAGCCCCUGUUAUCGCCUACACCGAGAAGAUAAUCGAGGAGGAACAGCUUCAAUUACAAAAAUAUAUUCAAGAAAAUUAUUCCAAAAUCCGUGAUGUAGAAAGAGAGUUGGCAAAUCUUUCAUUGGAGGUGAAACUCACAGCUGGGCCUAAAAAGGCAGCACUUGAACACAUGCGGAAAAAAAUAGAAUUGUCAACUGAGAAAAUACGUGUUGCAAAGCUGAAGGAAGAGCAAGCACGUAAGGCCUUGGAAGAAGCAUCAAAGGCUGUGAAGGAUGAGGAAGCAAUCAAACAGAAGCUAUGUGAUGAUCUAAGCCAGCUGGUUCAAGAAAGCAGUAAUGCUCAGUUUUCUAGAUUGGAGGAGCUGAAAAGACGGCUAGAAGCUUUAAACCCAGGCAGGGCUUCUGUUUCUGAUGCACAUGACGGGAAAGCAGUACAACCUGCACGGAACAGCACAGCAGCUUCAGAUUCUCCUUCCAAUCCUCAAACUACAAUUUCAGCUGGGAAAACAGUUGAAACUGUACGUGGUCAAGGAAAUAAUGGAAAUGGAUUAGCUAUGGAUGGUCACAACCAACAGCCAUCUGUUGAGGGAGAUGGAAGAGGAAAGAAAAGAAUUGUUAACCCAGGAAGAGGGAAGGGACUUGGGGCUGUCCCCAAGGGGAGAGGAUCUCCUGGACCUGGUUGGACUGGUGCUGGAUUUGAUGUGGAUGGCAGGAGUUGAGCAAAGGGCUACUUCGGAAUCUCCCUUGUAUAGGCUGACGCAGUAGGAUGAAAGUUCAUUGAUGUCAUCCUAGUAGGUACUGUAUUGAAGCUUCCAUCUUUCCCCCUUCUCUUGUUGGUCAGUGCUUUUCUUAUCAUUGUGCUUUCGCCCUUCUAUUAACGGUAAUGUCCCUAUGAUUUCUGGCCGUAUGCUCCUUGGCCACUUUCUGACCUGUCCAUUACCCUUAAUUUUCAUCAAGCUGGCGAAAAUUGCCCGAGUCAUUUUGUGUUUCUUCUGUUCCCUCUCCAGCUAUAUGGGCGAAGUUUUGUCUUGAGCACUAUAGAAAAAUGUGGCUUCAGUGAAAUACAAGAAAUUCAAAAUUUUCAAUGGUGUGGAUCUCAA